CACGCCCCUGCACGCACCCUCCCUCUGCAGCCGCGCCGUUCUCCGGCUCUGGUCGUGAGCGCUGAGCUGGAACUGGAGGCGGCGCGGCUGCGGGCCGCGGGGAGGGCCGAGCCAGUUACCUUUUCCAGCCGCGUCUCCGCCAGCUGCCCUCGCCGCCCCGGGGGCGCUGUGCGGCUCCGGUCCGGAACCGAAACCGCCGGCCGUUGUGGGCGGCCAGAUCCGCGUCCCGCUUCAGCGCCCGGAGGACAUGCGGGAGAGAGAAUGAGCCAGAGGGACACGCUGGUGCAUCUGUUUGCCGGGGGAUGUGGUGGUACAGUGGGAGCUAUUCUGACAUGUCCUCUGGAAGUUGUAAAAACACGGCUGCAAUCAUCUUCUCUGACGCUUUAUAUCUCUGAAGUUCAGCUGAACACCAUGGCUGGAGCCAGUGUCAACCGAGUGGUGUCUCCUGGACCCCUCCAUUGCCUAAAGAUGAUCUUGGAAAAAGAAGGGCCUCGUUCCUUGUUUAGAGGAUUAGGCCCCAAUUUAGUGGGGGUGGCCCCUUCCAGAGCAAUAUACUUUGCUGCUUAUUCAAACUGCAAGGAGAAGUUGAAUGGUGUAUUUGAUCCUGAUUCUACCCAGGUACACAUGAUUUCAGCUGCAAUGGCAGGUUUUACCGCAAUCACAGCAACCAACCCCAUUUGGCUUAUAAAGACUCGGUUACAGCUUGAUGCAAGGAAUCGUGGGGAAAAGCGAAUGGGUGCUUUUGAGUGUGUUCGUAAAGUGUAUCAGACAGAUGGACUUAGAGGAUUUUACAGAGGCAUGUCUGCUUCAUAUGCUGGCAUAUCAGAGACUGUUAUCCAUUUUGUUAUUUAUGAAAGUAUUAAGCAAAAACUACUGGAAUACAAGAUUGCUUCUACAAUGGAAGAUGAUGAAGAGUCCGUAAAAGAAGCAUCAGAUUUUGUGGGAAUGAUGCUAGCUGCUGCCACCUCAAAGACUUGUGCCACGAGUAUAGCAUAUCCGCACGAAGUUGUAAGAACAAGACUACGUGAAGAGGGAACGAAAUACAGAUCUUUUUUUCAGACACUAUCUUUGGUUGUUCAAGAAGAAGGUUAUGGGUCUCUUUACCGUGGUUUAACAACUCAUCUGGUGAGACAGAUUCCCAAUACAGCCAUUAUGAUGGCCACCUAUGAACUGGUGGUCUACCUUCUUAAUGGAUAGCAACAUCAGGCUGCCGUUCUAUGAAGAGGAAAGACCAAAAGAUGCCAGUGGACCAUGGAGUGUUGAAGCCAGCAUGGUGGACAGAAGAGAAAUGGUUUGGGAACAUGUAACUAUGCCUAAGCAGAAGUCUGGUUGUAGGAAUUAAAGUAAUCAUAACCACAUUACUUGGUCUUUCCGGUAAUGUGAAAAAAAA